CACAGAGAUCCACCAGCCUCUGCUUCCCGAGUGCUGGGAUUAAAGGCAUGCGCCACCAAUGCCCGGCGGUCUUUGUUUUUUUUAAGACAAAGUCUCUUUGUAACCCUGGCUGUCCUGGAACAUGCUGUGUGGAAUGGACUGGCCUCUAACUCGCAGAGAUCUGCCUGCCUGUCUCCUGAAUGCUUGGAUUAAAGGCCUGAGCCACUACUACACCCACUGAAAUUUAUUUAAUGACCUUUUGGGGCUUAAGUGAAAACGAAAGCCCCGUUCAGAAAAGUUCAGUGACUUCUGGUUGGCUGUGGGGUCUGAUGUGUCAUUCUGGAGUCCAGGGGAGGCGGUGUCUUCAACGGGGCUUCUGGGCCCACUCUGGGGCGUGGCCAGGGAGCCUUAUCUCCGGGGCCAGCUGAAGCUCCCUGGCCUCCGCACCUCAGCGCGGGCUUUGUGCCAUGGAGUCUGUCCUGUUCCCGUCGCUUUUGCUGGUAGCCGCCUAUCCGAGGAGUGGGAGCCCCCAGCAUGAGUGGAUGCAAAGCCCUCCCAUGCCUUCCGGGACCUCAACGCCUUUCUCAGUGCGUUUAAGCCCAGAGCUGGAGGCUGUGCCUCCCGGGGGCUCCGUGUGGCUUAACUGCAGCCACAGCUGCCCCCUGCCGGUGCGUUCCAGCCUGCGCACUCAGCUGAGGCAGGGAAAGACACUCCAUGGCUCGGGUUGGGUAUCUUACCAGCUACUGGAUGUGAGGGCCUGGAAUUCCAAGGUGCGCUGCGUCGUCACUUGCGCAGGAGAAACGCGCGAAGCCACCGCCAGGAUCACCGCUUACAGUCUUACCCUCCUUGCCUUAGAACGGCCGAGAAGCGUGAUCAUGGAGCCUCCUGUCCUAGUGGGCCACAAGUACACUCUACGCUGCUAUGUGACACACGUGUUCCCCGUGGGGUUCUUGGUGGUGAGCCUAAGGAGAGGUGGCCGGGUGAUUUAUUUUGAAAGUCUGGAGCGCUUCACUGGUUCAGAUCUGGCUAAUGUCACUUUGACCUACGUGAUGCGGGCAGGACCCAACGACCUCUGGCAACCAAUCACCUGUCAUGCUCGUCUCAAUCUCGACGGGCUAGUAGUGCGCAGCAGUUCUGCACCUGUUAUGUUGACGGUCCUCGCUUUGAGCCCAGCCUCCAAAGCCUUGGCUUCUGCCUCCAUCGCAGCCAUGGUUGGGAUCCUCCUGGCUGUGGGGGUUGUCUACGUGCGCAAGUACCAGGCCGUGCAGACUCAGUUAUAAACGGGUGUUGAUGCCUGACAAGAGGGAGAAAAAAGAAGCCCGGAGCAACUAAUUCAGAUACUCUUGUUGGAUCAAUAAAGCCUUCUUCCUCAG